GGCAAAAUCGUAAACAGGGACGAUAAAAACAGAGUAAGUUUUCAAUCAAAUUUCCAAAAUAUUCUGAUAUUUAUUUUUGCAUAAUAUAAUAUGCAAGUCAAUGAUCCGCCGGCGGAGCCGCCGGAGUGCCCGGUAUGUCUGCAGCUAUACGACGCCACGACAGCAAUCCCGCGCGUCCUCGGCUGCGGCCACACCACCUGCGAAGGCUGCCUAAAGCUUCUCCCCCGCCCAUUUUCCAACACCAUCCGCUGCACCGUCUGCACCCUCCUCCUCAAAUUACCAAAUUCCCUCUCUUCUCUUCCCAAGAAUCUCGACCUCCUCUACUUCUCCUCCCUCCUCCAGCGCAGCCGCCCCCUCGAGGAGAAGACACCAAUUCCGCCCGAUUUUGGCGGCGCAGAAUCGGUUUCAUCUCCCUCUGUUUUGAAGCCGUGGCCUUACGAUUUCUAUUACAAAUGGGGGAGAUGGAUACUCCCAAAAGACUGUAUUUUGAAUGGAGGAACGCCUCUGGAUAGUUAUGGUGGGGUUUUGGAUGGAAAGGUUUUGAGGUGUUUUGAGAGUGAUCGUAUGGUGGGGUGUGUUUUGAGAGAGAAUGAUCAUGUGGGUCUGAUUAAAGUUGGGAUUUUUAUGGGAGGUGAAGUUGAUUCUGGGAUAAUCAAGCCAAGCUAUGAGUCGAGAAUUCUGACUGUUUUGUGGGGGAUGGGAGAAGAUGAGAGGGAUAAAUUGAGGGUUAUUUUCAAAGCUUGUUUUAGAGUGAGUAAUGUGGGGAAGGCCUUUGGGUUUUGGUGUAACGAGGAGGAUAAGAGCGUGUACAUUGUUUGCCAGAAGCUUGCUUCGUCUAGUUUGAUUGAUUGUGUUUUUAAUAGAAGGAAGGAUGAAGAGGAGAGGCUCAUUGCUGAUGAAAUUAGUUUUUGGGGAGUGGUUGGUGUUGAGACAUGUGAGAUUUUGAUGCGGUUGCAUUUAGAGGGGCUAACUGUUGGUUACCUGAGUUUGAAUUGUCUUGGUUUCGAUGAUUUUGGUCGAGUCUGUGUAGAUUUAAGCGAGGUUUUGAAAAGCGGUAUGGGAGUGAGCAAGAAUGUGGAAUUUGGUUUGAAGGAUUUGUUCUUGGAUCAAAACUCGGUGUUUCUUAGUCCUGAGGUGUUGUUGCAGUUAUUUGUGAAUGUGGGGUUUGAGUUAGAUUCGCGAAAUGUGUCUAAAGUCGGUCCUGUUUCAGAUGUUUGGUCACUUGCUUCUUUGCUGGUUUGGGUUCUUGUUGGAAGCUCUUUUGAGGAAGAAAUGAAGUCUUUCUUGCAUUCUGUGGUUAAUGCUGUUAAAGAUGAAAAGGGUUUUGAUUAUGAUGGUUUGUACCUAGCCUGGAUGGGGAAAGUUUCUGCGUUAUUGAAGAGAAGACUGGGAUCAGAUUUUGCUUCGUUGCUGGAUGUUUUGUGCAGAAGUCUGGGGUUAGAACCCGAUCAUCGGCCACUUGCAACUGAACUAUGGAAAUGCUUGAGGGGGUUGGUUGUUAAACCUCAGUGUGAUAUUGUAUUCACCUUGAAAAAUGAGCACAAGAAUCAAGAAUCGGGUGGUUAUAUAGUACUAGGUGAUGUAUGCUGCAUGGUUGAUGAAACGGGCCAUGGCUCGAAGGGAGAAGAAGAGGCUGAGAGAGAUGAUGCGAGAUUGAGGGUUGAAGGAGAUGUAGUUGAUGGGAUCACUCAUGGUGAUUUCAAAUGUCUAGACAUGAAAGGUCAUCUUGGUUUCAUCACAGGAUUAGCUAUCGGAGGGGGUUUCCUCUUCAGCUCCUCAUACGAUAAGAUAGUCAGUGUAUGGUGUCUGGAGGACUUCACUCAUGUUCACUCGUUUAAAGGCCACGAGCAUAAAGUUAUGUCUGUUAUUUUUGUGGAUGGUGAACAACAAUUGUGCAUCAGUGGUGAUAACGAAGGUGUUAUAUGCAUCUGGGGUGCUACUUUUCCCUUUUCCGAAGUGCCAAUGAAAAAGGUGCACGAGAAUAAGGAUUGGCGCUAUAGUGGCAUUCAUGCAAUGGCAAAUUCUGGCACUGACUAUCUCUACACCGGCAGUGGAGACAGAUUAGUAAAAGCAUGGUCGCUGCAGGAUCAUAGCUUCGUUUGUGCUAUGAGCGGUCACAAGUCAGUAGUCUCAUCACUUAUCGUUUGCAAUGGCAUUCUAUACAGUGGAAGCUGGGAUGGGACUGUUCGAUUAUGGUCUCUUGGUGAUCACAGUCCUCUAACGAUAUUAGGGGAAGACAAACUUGGAAACGUAGUACCAGUCUCGUCUCUUUCUGCUGAUCACAAUUUUCUGUUUGUUGGUCAUGACAACGGUAACAUAACGAUAUGGCACGAUGAUGUCCUCGUGAAGUCGACACGUAGUCACGAGGGUUCUGUGUUCUCAGUCGCAACAAACGGGGGAUGUCUAUUUAGCGGGGGCUGGGACAAGAAAAUCAAUGUGCAGCAAGUUUCCGAAGCUGCGGAUGGGGUGGACGUCGUGCCUCUAGGGGCUAUCGCUUGCAACUCCCCAAUAACGGCUCUGUUGUAUCGGCAUGGGAAGCUAUUCGUUGGCCAAGCCGAUAGAAUUAUAAAGGUCUACUAUGGAGUGUAGCAAAGGGCUUUUCGAUCGUCUUUUCUCAUCGAUCUUGUGGUUUCCAAGUAACCGGGACUGCCAAGUAAUAUUCGGUCACCCUCUGGUGCUCGAGCUCAACCAGCUCUUCAUAGCGUAUGGUGCUCGAGUCAUUAACCGUUGUAUCUCUGAGCUAAUCCGAGCUCAAUCUUUGGUGUUUUGCUUCUCAUUCGGCUCUGCUCUUUAAAUACUUGAUCCUGAGAUUUAUUUUGUUGUAUAUAAAGAUUAAUUAUUCAAUCAUUGGAUAUAAUAAUGAAAUCAGCCUAAGAAUUGCAUGAAUCUUGAAUCAACUAUUGUGUGGUCCAAUGAUGGACUCAGGUGGAGUCGGAUGGGGUCGGCCGACCCCACCACCGGCCGAUGAGUGCUACCGGGAACCUCUGUGACCGGCCGCCGAGCCACUGCAACUCCUCGUCCGACCCCAAAAGAAGAGAGAAAUAGAGAUAUCACAGUUGAUGGAAAAAUGGAGGAAGAGGAGAAAUUAUAAGAAGGAAUUAGGAGUAGAGAUAGCGUGCCCUGUUUUGUAUUGUAAGUCUAGAAUCCUUUUUUAUUUGUUUUAAAUUGUAUUUUUAAAAAAAAAAACUGUUUUUAAGUUGUAUUCUUAUAGUAUUUGAUAUUUAUAUUUCAAAAGAGAAAGAUGGGUUGUUAGUUUU